AUGGCUUCCUCUUCUGUCAUUGGAACUCAAGCCUCUCAUCUACUGGCCAACACGACAGCAAGCACAGAAUUACUACCCGACUGUUUUAAAAAAUAUAAGAAUGUCAUAGCCAUCAUUGACUGUACCGAAGUGCCCAUUCAGAGACCUUUAUUAGCCCUAGCUAAUGGACAGAUUUAUUCAUUUCACAAGGGAAGGCCUACUGCUAAGCUACUAGUUGCCUGUACACCAGUGGGAACUGUUUCUUUUGUUUCAUGUGGUGCAGGAGGCGCAAUGAGUGAUAAAAGACUUGUCAAAAAAAGUGGGAUCCUAUCCAAAUUUGAACCAGGAGAUACUGAUCUUGCAGAUAGAGGCUUCAAUAUACAAGAACUUCUGCUUCCUUAUCAAGUAAACCUCGCUAUCCCCCCUUUUAUGAAGAAAAGGAAGCAGUUUUCCUUGGAAGAAGAUGCUCGCAUCAAGCAGGUGGCAAAUGCUCGAAUUCAUAUUGAGCGGGUGAUUGGUAGAGUGACGGACUUUGACACCUUAAGAUCGGAGUUACCCCUAGACAUGUUUGACCUAUUUAACCAUAUGGCAGUAGUAAUGCCAUAUAUAUGUGCAUUGUCUGUUCUGCAGGAGCUGUACAAAAUGAACUGGUGA